CUAAAAUAACCCAGUGAGCUCAGAGCCUGGGUUAUUCCGGGAUGAGUUUUUAUACGGGCUAUUCCUUGUCAGACUGCAGUGGGGAGGCACCCCUGUCCCGGCGCAGGAUAAACCAGAUCAGCCGUGACACCCCACACACAAACAGACAGAACGCUCAGAGGGAAAUAAUGAUGCCGAUGCACUCAGGCGUGGAUGAAGUGGUCAAGCACAGGAUGUUGCAGGCUAAGGCGCUGUCUCGGGAAGCCAGAGGAGGGCGUCUAAGUCUGGGGAAGAAGAUCAGCGUCCCGCAAGAUGUGAUGAUAGAGGAGCUCAACCUCCCGUCCAAUCGAGGCUCUCGUAUGUUUCAGGAGAGGCAGAAGAGAGCUGAGAGGUUCACGCUGGAGAACGCUGCCAUUGGUGCUCACAACAACAUAAGCGCCCAUCCAGUGGCUGUUCCUCCCCCGCAAAUCACCGAAGCGCCUCGGGGAGGAAAAGAGAACAAAGCUAUCUCUAUCCCUGGUAAGCAUAGCCUGGUCAUGAACCUUCAGAAGACGGUAGCAAAGAAGGGCAGUCCUGAUGUCCUGGCUCCAGGAUAUUCUGGUCCACUGAAGGAGAUUCCUCGUGAGAAGUUCAACACAACAGUGAUUCCCAGAUCCUACUGUUCCCCAUGGAGGGAAGCUUUAGGCCGGAAUGAUGAGCUCCUGGAAGCCCUAAGCGCCCAACUGGCCCCCCUACCGCAAAGAUACCAGCCUGCCAAGUACAGGUGCUUCAACAGGUCUGCCAUGCCUUUUGGAGGCGGAGUGGCUAGCAAGAGAGUGAUCCCCAUUAUUGGCUUCGAGGCCCUCGAAUCCCAGACCCUACCCGGUGCCGCCCUGGACCGCAUGUGUCAACGGCCUAAUUUCAACAGAGCGCCCACGGGAUGGGGAGGUCAUCACUGCCCUGAAUCUAAUGACCUAUGAAAAAGAACUGAUUAGCCUGAGACUGUCAUGCUCCCCUAAUACGAUCCCUCAACUCAGCCAACAGCCACAACAGGGGGAGGACAAAAACACAGUAAAUGAGGUUUUUCUGCUAUAUUGAGCGGUUGCAGCAGGAGCAGCUGAGGCAAACGCAGGAUAAUGAAAUUAAGAGUUAUUUUCCACAGUUGAGUGCAGGACGACACAGGAUUUGCAGGACAAUCAGAUCAGCUCUACAUUUUUUCUGUCACAUUUAGUAUAUUUAUAUACACAGAGGCUUUGUAGACUAGCAUUUUAAUUGGAGAAAGAAAUAUUCAAAUAAAACCUCUUAAUAAACUAUGUUGUUAAGCUGUUGAAUAUUGAAAAAGUUUAUAAAAAAAAAAAAAAAAGAAGUGAGAAGCCUUGACACACUGCACUGAUUCAGUCCAUGUGCAGCACUGCAGGUGAGAAAAUAAAUCUUGAUCAUAUCCUGCAUGUUGUAUUUCCCUAAUUCCACCCAGAUUACAGCACGUUUCAGGGCACUCGGGCAGAUGAAAACAGGUGUGCGGGGGGGACCAACCUAUCACAGUUUGGAGUUUGAGCCUAGCAGCUAAUCACCGUGACGUGCACCGUGCGCAGCAUGGGCACCCAUCCGCUGAGGGUCCUGGGAGGGGUAGUGGAUUUGACCUGGAGGCCUCAUGCUCAUAGGUGGAGGCGGCAUAGGGGGAGCCAUGGGACCCAUGGGGUGAAACAUUGGGGGGCCAAAACCUAGGGGAAAAAAACAAUAUAUUAGUAUGCAUUUAAAGUGAUUCAUUUGAUCACACAUUUUAUUAACAGAGACGGAACACAGGAACUGGAGGAACAAGAAAACACAAGCAAGAAUUACAUCUCACAUGAACUUUUGUGUCAAUAUUGGUACGGAGUUUACCUGGAGGAGGAGGGUUGAGGCCUGGAGGUGGGGGCAGUGUAAGGUUCAUGACAGCUGGAGGUGCGCUCGGGUCCAAGUUGAAAUAGUUGGCUGGAGCCUCGUCGUCCAGCGGAGGUGGUGGAGGUAGUGCUGCACCCAUGACAAAUCAAAUGAACCAGAACAUCUCGAUGCGUCGUCCCUCGCCACGUUGCGGUUCAAACAUUCCUCCCUCACGCUAUCACGGUUUUUCAAAAAUUUAAUUCAUAAAUGAUCACUUUUUCCGUGGUUGACGAAGGCCUAUAGUCUUUCAAUAUUAAAAGACAAGUCAUUUGUUACAAGAUGAGACAUUACCUUGCCUUAACUUGUUCUGCAUGGAGUUAGCCAUGGAUGCAAAGUGAAAAAAAGUUCUCCCAUUCCAUGAGGAUUCCAUGAGUAGGUUUUUGCUUCAUUGUCCUUCUUCCCCACUCAGUUUCAAACCCUUUAAGUUUAGAAUAAAUAAAAUUGAGGCUAACUAGUUAGCUCGGUAGCUUGAGUAUCCUGUUGCUGCACGGAUCCCUUAGCUUGCGCGCAAGAAUUGCGCAAUGUGGUGUAAACAAAGAUAGCUGUAGUGCAGCAGUGUCCAUUAUUGUACAGAUGUAUCCGCAUAUCAGUCCAAUGGGGAUGGAUGACAGGCUGACGCUAUUUUUUUUUAAUGCCAUGUAAAUGACCCAAAUUAUGUUGGAAACACUACAAGGAACUUUCCCAAUGCUAGCGUGUGAGUUAUGUCUAUCGCUUUAAUGUCUACUACAUUAGCUAACAGGUGUGUAAAGGUGACUAUAGGGGUGUUAUUUCAUGUCUGCAGGGCUCUAAUAUAGUGAAAACCAAAUUUAGAAGGUGAUAAACAGGUUUUCUAUGCUCCAACUACAAAAACAUACAGUUUAUUAAUAUUGAAUCGUACUUCAGCCAAAUUCACUUAUAGCGGUUGGGUCUGGAACCAAUUAACCGCAAUAAACGAGGGACAACUAUGCACACAUUUCAACUCACCUCCUGGUAGGCCUGGCACAGGAUCAAGUCUGGUACCCAUCUCACUGACACCUUCGCCCUCCUUCCCUCUCGCCGCCUGAGACCUAAAAAGACAAAUUAUUGAAGUUUCACACACAUUUUAUCAACCUUUUCCUACUGCUUCGACAUACUAAUGACGUUUUACCUUCCCCAUUUGACAGUGAGCCUCUGCCCGUUAACAAUAAGCUUGUUGAAGGACUUCUCUGCAGCCAUUUCUGCAGCCUGCCGUGUGGCAAACUGGAUGAAGGCACACUGCUGCCUUUGCACUAUUGUAAUGGUACGGAUCUCACCAAACUGGUAGAAGAAACCCCUAAAAGAACAAAACAAAGACAGAGUGUCAACACUCAAAGUACUUCAAACACUGCCAUCUGUAUUACAAACCCAAUAGAUGCUCACUUGAGGUCUCCAUCUGUGACAGUUUCACCCAGGCCCCCAAUGUACAGGGUGGUGAUGGACUUGUCAUCUGGCGGGUCCAGCCUGGGCAUGGCAGAGGCCCGCUUCAGCAGCUUGUCAGCCACUGGAUCGUUGAUACCAUAAUAACGGUCCUUGAUGUUCUGAUCUGCGAGUGGGUCAUCGGGAUCUGUGGGCUUCUCAUGCCUGUGAGAACAACAACAGGGCAGAUUUGGAGGAAUUCAUAUAUAGCCUACUGCAGUUAUUCAUCAAAAGAAAUGCAUUGGGCUUGAUAUAUGAUAACAUCUGAGAAGCUGCCACUGCAGGUUUGUGUGUGAGGAGUCACUCACCUGUAGGGACACUCCUCCCCUCUCCUACACUCUCCCUUCACCCAGAACGAGCAGAUAUGCGGACGGUUCCUCUUGUAGUACGGCGUGGUCCGGGCCAGUUUCAACAGCAUGUCACUAGAGCUGGUUGCCUUGCCAACCUGGCCGCCCGGCCUUGUGCCUUCCGAAAUAGCUAGCUGGGAACAAACAUGGACACAAAGACGCAUGAGGGACCGAUCAAAUGACUUGGGCAAGGAAGGCUGUUUAACUCAAUCCAGACAUUCCACAAAUCGUAAGCGCUCUCCAAGGAAAACAUAUUGUUUUGCUUUUUUCGGACAUUAAUGAAAAAUACUUCCACACAGCUGACAUCGCUCGUACUCCUUGCUACUAACAGGUUAGCACAUGCUGUUGUUAUGAUCACGCUGCUGGACAGACAUGCUGGGGCAGAGUCUGGAAUCGACUGCUUGUACCGGAGUGGCAAUAUUUUAUGUUUUAGAUCAGUGGUUCUCAACUGGUGGGUCGCGCAUCCAGAAUUACUUUAAAAUCUGUAAUAUACAACUGAUGUCUGGCUUAUUUUGACAUAAAUUUGAGCAAUGAUUUUGGUUAUC